UGGGGUUAGGGGCAGGGCCAAGGGAGCAGGUAAAGGCCGUGCCCCGGGCGGGCGCUCCCCAUCUGCCCAGCAUCCGCCCGUCCCGGCACCUGCCCGUCCACCUCCUCGUCCCUUCAUCUCCUCGCCUCCUCAGGUCCGUCAUGGGGGCCGUUCCGCCGCUCGCCGCCUUCUGCCUGCUGCUGCUGGCCCUGCCCGAGGCCUCCUGGGCGCAGGGGGACCCCGGCGCCGACCCGGGCGCCGACCCGGCCGCCGGCCCCGCCACCGACCCCGGCGUCGUCCGGCCCAACCUCCUGGGCGGCCGGCGGGACCUGUCCGUCACCGACCCCGAGGUGCAGAAGGUGGCCCGCGACGUCGUGGCCAGGUACAACCAGGCCAGCAACAGCCUCUACUAUUUCAGACAAGUCAAAGUGCUCAAGGCCCAGAGCCAGCUGGUGGCCGGCGUCAAAUACUACCUGACCGUGGAGCUGGGGAACACGUCCUGUCUGAAGAACCAGGUCUUUGAUAACAAUGUGGAUCUCACCACCUGUCCCUUGGCCGUGGGCUCAGACCAGGAGAAACUGCAGUGUGACUUUGAGGUCCUGGUGGUCCCUUGGAAGCAAGAGAUGCACCUGCUGAAGCAGAACUGUGCUCCAGUCCCUCAGUGAGCCCUCCUUCUCCGCCCCCGCUCCGGCUCCUCCUCCGGCAGGAGGUCGCGGAAGCUGCGAGGGCGGGGACCGCGGGGCGGCCAUGGUGGAGGGUCUUUCUGGGAGGGAGAUGUAGAAUGGGAAUCUCCUUGGGGUACAGGUGUUGACGUGGGCAGGCCUUCUCCGGCUCAAUAAACACCCCGCUUUGCCAGCC